GGUGAUAAUAGUAGGGGGGUCUCCCAGAGCUACACAAUGGAACACAAGUAUAGACUUGCAUAGCAUAGGCUACUCCAGUCCAUCCCUAUACCUAGCUACUCAAUCAGUGUGCAGCAUAGUACGAGAUUGAGGGCAGAGCGUUGCGGGAGAAGGAUGCAACGAACAUAAAGCAGUAUUGUGAACAGAAGAGACCUCUCGGGAAAAUGGCUUUGACCAAUACGAGUUAAUCGAGGUGCAAUAUUUUGAAUGCGGCAAUAUUCAGUGACGCUGCCUGUCCUCCUUGAAGUUUGCCCGAAGAAGUUUGACUAGAUUUUUUUAUGCCAAGAUUGUGCCAUAAUAGCGGAAAGGAUAGAGGACGGAUAGAAUGGGCUUUUUUUAUGUACGCUAAGACGCAGAAGGAAUGACAAUGGAGAAAGCGGUAAAAGCCUUAAAGCAUUAAGUAUUCAAGUGCUGCAACAAGAGCACAGCGAAUAGGCGAUGAUCAACUUGGGUCAGUGAAUGCUCCCUUAUACAAGCCUAGUCCAAUUUUGUACAUUUGAGCGAGCAAACCGGGUGGCAAAGUAGGCAAUGGCACUUUGCCAAUGAAGAUAAACGCCCGUUAUCCAAAAUUAUGCUUCCAAAGUGUAAGAAGGCGUUUACUCCGAUAUUCGCGACAUUCAGCUCAUAUUUAAUUUGUCUGGAGAGGUGACAUUUUGGAGAGAGGAUGGACAGUGGCCUUCUCAUGCAAUAAUGUCCAUUAUUGCUCGACACGUUUCAAACCAGAAAGCUACAUAUUGCCACUAAUGCACUUUAAACUCAAAAGAGGUUGACACAUUGUAUCUCUUCACACAUUCCAACUACUCUGAAUGUUGUCUCUGAUUGAUUUUUGGACGUUUUUUCUUAUGCGGUUUCCGAAGUCGCAUCAUAGCUGUGCGCUUUCAGGGAUUCAGUGAACUUCGUUCGCAGUCUCCCAGCGAUUCUUUGUCUGAAUCGAUUCCCCGUCACUUCUUUUUUUGGGGGGUAAAAUGGCAGGAGAGAGCCGAGGAUCAGGGAUGGCUUUGGCGUUCUGGGACGGCUGUAAUGGCUUGGGAUUUAUUUUGAUAUUUCUUGUGGAUCUACUGGGAAUAGCUGCAGGUAACAUGGAGCCUAUUUACUGGAAUACGUUGAACAAGAGGUUCCAGGAUGACAGGGGGUAUGUGUUGUACCCCCAGAUAGGGGAUCGUCUGGACCUGAUCUGCCCAGCCUCCAAUCCCCCAGGCCCCCGCUCCCCCAGUGAGUAUGAGUAUUACAAGCUGUACCUGGUGUCCAUGCGCGAGCAGGCAGACCGCUGUGAGGUGAUGGGCGCGCCCAACCUGCUGCUCACCUGUGACAAGCCCAACAGUGACAUGCGCUUCACCAUCAAGUUCCAGGAGUUCUCCCCCAACCUGUGGGGACACGAGUUCAAGACCCUGACGGACUACUACAUAAUAGCUACCUCUGAUGGGACGAGGCAGGGGCUGGACAGCACGAGAGGAGGAGUGUGUGUGACACGAGGGAUGAAGGUGAUUCUCAAAGUGGGACAGACUGCUUAUGGCCUCCCACCCAAACCCAAACCAGACCCAAACCGCUUCCACCCCAAAGGGAACGGUACCACGCCCAAGGCUGGUGGAGAGGGCGAGGGGAACAACCCUCUACCCUCCUCUAACGUGGCGGUGAUCACUGGAGCGGCAGGGGGCGGAGCCUUCCUCCUCAUCGUGACUUCCGUCAUCUGUGUGGUGUGUUACCACUGGCGACAGAACAAGCACUCUGAGACCCACCACCCCACCCUGACCCUGGCCACCCUCACCCCCAAGAGGGGCAGCAACAACGGGGCCGGCUCCUCCGCCGGAGGCAACAAUGGUUCGGAGCCCAGUGACAUCAUCAUCCCUCUGCGGACUUCAGACCAGGCUUACUGCCCGCACUACGAGAAGGUCAGCGGGGACUACGGCCACCCCGUCUACAUCGUCCAGGAGAUGCCUCCCCAGAGCCCAGCCAACAUCUACUACAAAGUAUGAGGGAGAGACACCUAGACGGCCCAGCUGGCAUUGACACAGUACCAACAAAUAGACUGCUGUUUUUAACUUAGAAUUCUAAACUGUCCCUCUAGCUCCCUCCACUCCCUUAUUCUCCUACCUCCCUCUCUAUGACUGACUGUCGGGACGGCUGUCCUCACCCUCCUGUCCCAUGGACUGUACUGUACAGUGCUCUGCCACUGUGGAUGGAUGGAGGGGUGGUUGUGUAUGGGUGGGGGUAUGGCCCUCUUCCCUGCUUUGAACCCUAUGAUUGGGUCCAUGAGGCCUGGACAUCAGGGCCGUUAAACUGACUGACUCACAGUGGCAGUGGCUCAGUGUCGCCUCUCACUCAAAGUGAGCGCUGACACUGGAUAUGAAAUGUCAAACAAUUCAAAAUGUUAGUGUGUGUGUGUAUAUUUGUGUGAGUGAAUGUGUUUGUGCAUGCGUGCCUAUGCGUAAGCAGUAUGUCUGCUUGUGUGUGGUGCGUGAUAACUUUUUUUUUCGGGGUAUGUCAGUCUUAAAACCAAAACCACACGAGCAAAUAUCAAAGCAAGAUUUCUACCCACUGUCAUCAUUUACAGAUUAUAUAAUAUAAUUAUUUCAUAACUCAUUUGUAGAUAUUUCAGUUCAGAUUUCUGUUAGGCACUGUUUUCUUGUCAGUGUUGUAUGUUCUCUGUUUUGGAGUCUAGAUGAGAUCUAGGUACUGUUAUUUAUUUCAUGUUUUGUGUUUGUCUUCGAAAUGAAGGAUAUUUUGUUCCUUUAUCCCAUUCUCUCACUCACUCUGCAAUGCCUUAGCAUUGAAAUAGUUCACUUUUCUGUAUAGAAAACUUAACCCAAUGUGUUGUUUAUGUUGCUCCUCUAAGCUUGGUGAAAGUGUUUUUUUUUUUUUUGAGGUGAAUGAUCAGUUUGGUUUUGUGACAGCUGCAGUCUGUUUUCAUUUCCCACAAUGCAUUGGUAACUGAUGACCUAUGGUUGGCUGGCUGAGGAGAGGAAUGCAGCAAGUAAAGAAGGUGAAAAGGUCAGAGGUCAUUGUUGAAAUGCCACAGACGAUAGUCAACAUAUAUAGCACCAUGUUGGAGUCCAUGUCAAUGUGACUUAGAACAUCCUUUGUCUGCGGGACCGUUUCAACACAAUGUGCACAUAAUGAGUGGUAUAGGGGAAAGAUCUCACACGCUGGCUUUAAAACUCAGGUCUCAGGACCACACCUCAUACACAGAAAUAGAUGUAUUGUUUCAUGUUUUCAUACAAAGUAACGGAUUCCUACUGUAGUUUUUAUGUAGUGUGAUGAUUUCUAGGAUGUUGAGGUCCAUAGUCAGAGCGUUGGAGGUAGUGACGGAGUGAUGGGAAACAUCACAGAUCAGUCAAGCUCCCGCUGGGUCUGACAUCUCUCUGUGACAUUUCAUCAUUUCAUCACUCUGGGACAUUCUGGACCUUAUACUUACAUCACAACCCUUCAACAAUAUUGGACUCUGAUUGGACUACAAGCAACAGCACACUACCUGAGCAUGGCGGCAGAGACCUCUGAAAAGAAAGUGAUUUUCUGGGUGCUGGAAUAAACAUGUCCUGUCCUUGUGCACCUUUCAAGACAUUCUGCUUUCAGUUCUCUACCAGUGACCAGCUGGACUUAAGGCCAGUGUAAUUAUGUGUUCCAUUCUACCGUACUCUGUGUACCAUUUUCCAUAGUGUCAUUUGCUUUCACUAGGUUGUCUUUCUCAACUGCUGUUUCCCACUCAGUCAUUUUGUGCCAAUAACCUCAUCCUGAGGAGGGGGCCCUGCUUUUCAGAACUGUUGGUGAACUUUUCAGAACUGUUGGUGAGACAAGGGAUGAGACAAAGGUUAGAUGUGGUAGGUACAGUAAGGGAAAAAAGUAUUUGAUCCCCUGCUGAUUUUGUACGUUUGCCCACUGACAAAGAAAUUAUCAGU